UUUUUCGGCUGUUGGGCAAGAAGCUCCCACAACAAACUGGCACGCGUGGCGGCCCGAACAACACGAGACACGCACGCAAGCAAGCAAGCACCAUGGCACGGCCUAAGAAGAAGAAAAUCGGCAAGCGCGGAGCCGAUGGCCGGGCGGUUCCGAACAAACCGAAGCCGGCGCAGCAACAUGAUCUUCCGUCACGCGGCGCUGGUGAUGCGCUCUCCGACGGCCACGACAGCGCCGAUUUGAUGGACGUGGAUCAGGAAGAAGGCAAGGCGGCGGCAGACGAGGAUGGUAACGACGAGGACUGGUGCGAUGAGGAUACCAGCGGCGCAGACAGCAAUGGUAGAGGUCAGUCGAUCCUGAGUUUUGCGAAGUGGUCGGUGGCGUCCGCAGGUCGCAGUGAAGGAAGUGCGGCGAAAAAAUAUCCGCCGCGUGUGCUGUCGAGAAGUCCGCAAUUUCGCAAAAGAAAAAAACUUCUCCAGCAACAAGCAGUAGGCUUGGCACGAGCCAUGGGAGCGUUCAUCCGUAAGUCGCAGCAGCAGCAGCAGGAGCAGGGAAAGGAGGAGAGCUCCUCUGCCAGUGGUAAGGUUGGCCCAGCAGAGAAGUCAGCGCCGGUUUUAGAGGUUGAGUCGCACACAAGCUCUACUGGCGGCGGCGGCGUUUUGGAGUUGCGCCGCAGCAGCAACGGCAGCAUCGGCAACAUGUCGAUAGCUUCGGGCCAUGGGCUGAGCAUAGAUGAGUGGUGUAGUCGUCGAGAUAUGCUGGGCGCCGAAGGAGUGCUGGACGAGUACUGCGAUACCUCGUCAGACGAUUUUCUUGAUGAUAUGGACUACAGCAGCAGCAGAGGGCGAGAGCGCUCUUCGGGGGCACGGUUAGGGGGUUCCGUGAAUGCAUAG